GAAGUAUUCAAGUGCGCAUGUCCAAACGGUCGCGCGGAUAAUUCGAGUUUUAUUUGAAUCCGAGUGAAAGAGAAUUAUGUAGUGCAUACAAUGGCGGAUUUAUCUGACCUGCCUGGGUUAUCUUCGGAUGGAUUCAGAGAAUCAUUCGUGUCUUCAGGCUCUGGUUUGAGCAAUAGGAGUUUACGUGUGGCAGAAAAUGUGAGAAAGAAAGGCGAGACCAACCCGUUUCAACUUGCGUUGAAUUAUCUUUCAAACGUGCAGGAAGGCACAGUUGUAAGAGGCAAUGAUGAACUAGAAAGGAACUUGGUUGUGGUGGAGACUGUUGCUCUCCGUCAUGGUCUUUCACCAGAUGCUAUCUCAUUGCUUCUGGACUUGGCACUAAGUCUCCGUGCAGGUGGUGUGAACUGUUUGCGGAUUUUGAAGUUUUUGAUACCUGCUUCAGUAGUGCCACAGGAAGCCAUUGUACGAUGUGUGUCGUGGCUGUGCGUGGGGAAAAUGACAAUUAAUGCUCAGGUCCUUUUUCUUCGCUGGGUUCUUACUGUUUUUGACCUUAUUGACUGCAAAGACCAGCUGAGAUCCAUCUAUGGCUUUAUUUUCAGCUUUGUGACUGAAGAAAAUCUGUGUCCUUUCAUCUGCCACUUGUUGUACCUUUUAACAAUGAAGGAGCAUGUGCAGCCAUACAGAGUGAGAAAACUGAUGGAUAUUCAGGCCAAAAUGGGCAGACAGCCUUUCCUCAUGCAGCUACUUGCUGUGUUCAAAGUCUUUCGGCCAGAGCUGGUGACACUCUCCGUGCCAUCAAGAAUGAAGACUGGCUUCAAGAACUAUAAUUCCACCUGGAAAGCAGCUCUGAGUGCUGUUCAGAAGAAGAACAGGGCUGAAGUUAUGGCUGAUCUUAGGCUCAGUGUGGAGCUGAAAGGCAAAUCCACUUCCAGAAAAAGGAAAUUGCAUCAUCUGGAGGUUCCUGGCUUUAGCUCAGCAUUUGACACUGACUCUGAGAGGAAAGUCUGCUGUCUACAGGAACUGCGAUCUUUCACCCAGCUCCUGCAAAACAUUCACAACAUAGAGCUGCCGACCCAAAUGGGCUCUUUGCUUGGAUCUUCUUUAGCCCUGCAGUACCUGGAUUGUGUACAGGAUGAGUCUGCAUUCCUGCGCCUUAACUUCUGGCUUGGGCACGCCCUUCAAGAGGAGUUUCUGCUAUGUCCUGAAGAGGGGGGCUCAGACAGCCUUUCCGAGGCAUCUGUAUUCCUGAGUAAGAUACUUUCCUCGCAACAGUUUCUCCAGGAGGGUUUCUUCAGCACAGAGAGUUUUCUCUACAAGUUCCUGAGUGUGUGGGAUGGCUCACUGUUGUGCUCCCAGAUUUUGGAUCUUCUCAGCCACAUCCCCCUGAUAUCCAGCAGUUACUUAAGAGUGCUUGUCUUUGAGCCACUGAUUCAACUAUAUUUCACCUCUAAUGUAUUCUUUAAGUGCAGCAUCAUUGAGUGUCUGAACAGUAUGCUGCAUAAAUGGCUUACUUGGCAGUCUGUUAACCCUUUAGACGAGUGCAUAGACCUCAGUGUCAACACCAACAACACAGUAACUAUGACCCUAUCUGGGUUUAUAGAUGCAGUCACUGAGCUUGUGAGCUUUGUGGGACGCCUUGCUACUGAGGGACUGCGUCUGGAGAACUGCCACAUCCUACUCCUCAACCAUACGCUCAACUUCUAUGAGACGGUGUGUGAUAUGUUGGUGAAGUACGCCUUGCCUGUAGUUAUCAUGCCCCCAGCUGGUGUGUUUUAUCCGGCUCUCCUUGCCACCGACUCACUCACUGUGGAUCGAUUAGGUUAUAUCAUGUACAGAUACCGGACAAAUCUGGCUUUGGCAAAAAAACAGGAGCAGAAAAAUGAGAACACCUUUCACAUAAGUAGGACAACGUACCAAGAUUUCAAUAAGCAACUUGUGGCCAUGGUGAACUGUCUGUGGAACUCCAAACCAUUCUUGCCUGGCACAACCAGUGAAAUUGAUGUGCACCUGAGUAAGGUACCUGAAUACUGGAGCCACUUUGAUCUUGUUCACCAUCCAGCCUUCUUCAAGUAUGCCAUUGAGUUUCACCAGAAGUGCUGGCCAGAGAGGAUGUGUGUGGACCUGGCCUCCAUAAAGGUUGGAAGAUACAGGAGCUGGUAUAUGGAGUUUCUUUUCUGCCAGGGCUUUGACGGCCUAAAUGACUUCAUCCAGGUCAACACAGGACAGAGCAGCUCCUCCGGCUCUAGUUCCCUGUGAGUUGGAUGGUCAAUGGCUUGAGGAUUAUGUCUUGCAUGGGAAACUGCACAGAGACGACGAUUCUUUGUUUGAAAGGUCAUGUACAUAGUUUAUGGACGUGUGGAGGAUACCACAAUGGAACUGUAUAUAAACGUGUAUAUUAUUUUUGUUGUGUGUGAGAAGAGCGUUUGUAACUAUAUGGUUUUGCUUUUUGUCCUUUUUGCAAUCUGUAGUUUAUGAUUAUUUUUAUUUCUGCUGUCUCACUUCCAUCGCACAUGUAUUUUUUAAAAUGUAAUCUCUGAAAGAUUGCAGUGCCUAAUGAAGCCUGUCUUUCAUUUGACUAUAUGAUGCUCUAAUUGUAUGCUGUUUAACCGGUGCAUUUUCAUACAAACUCUUGUUUGAACAAUGAAUUAUGAUUAAGUUUUGAACUUUCAUUUCAAAUUUUUUUUCUUCCAGUUUGACUAUAUUUUCCUCUGGAAAAAGUAAUACUGUUUCUUUAGAAUGCUAUUUAUAAAGCCAUGAUAUAAUUGCAAGUCCCAGAAGUGAAUGAACAGUAAAAUGGUAGUUUUGUAGUUGGAAAUGCACUCUACAUUAAUGGA